AAAUAUCCCCAUCACUCACUCAAGGUCCUCUUCCCAAAUUCAAUUUCGAAUUUUGAAAUUCCAUCAAUGGAUUCAAAGAUUGAAGAGAUCCUGGAGAAGCAGGUACUGACAGUGGCGAAGGCGGUGGAGGACAAGAUCGACGAAGAGAUUUCGGCGUUGGAUCGACUCGACGACGACGAUCUGGAGGCUAUCAGAGAGCGGAGGUUGCAGCAGAUGAAGAAGAUGGCGGAGAAGCGGAGCCGUUGGAUCGGUUUAGGCCACGGUGAAUACUCUGAGAUUCCGGCUGAAAAGGACUUCUUUUCAAUCGUUAAAGCUAGUGAGCGAGUCGUUUGCCACUUCUACCGCGAAAACUGGCCCUGCAAGGUGAUGGACAAGCACUUGAGUGCAUUGGCAAAGCAACAUAUCGAGACUCGGUUCGUGAAAAUCCAUGCCGAGAAAAGCCCGUUCUUGGCCGAGAGGCUCAACAUUGUUGUUCUUCCUACACUCGCCCUUAUAAAAAAUGCCAAAGUGGAUGAUUAUGUGGUGGGAUUUGAUGAGCUUGGAGGAACGGAUGAGUUUUCCACUGAAGAUUUGGAAGACAGAUUGGCUAAAGCGCAAGUCAUCUUCUCCGAAGGUGAAUCGUCAUCGAAGGCCGGAGCACAGACCAAAAGGAGUGUCCGACAAAGCUAUAACCCGGACUCAUCUGAUUCGGAGUAACUAUGGGUUUGUGUCGACAUGUAAGCUUUCUAUAUAUGCUUCAAUGGAAAUCAAUAGGAUACAUCAGCAUCAUCAUUCCAUCUUUAAGCAUUAAAAGCAAAUGAAGAGAGUAACAUUUCUUGUAUGAAACAGUUCAGUCAUUUCGACAUAUGCUCGAUCUAAUUUUGCUUCAGUUCUUGUUUCUGUUUAUACAUUCCGAUUCGCGAAUCGGAGUCGAAUAUCUCAGCAGAGGGAUAUGAGCCGAAUGAUCAACUGCUUCUUGAUUGUA